GGAGCGCUCGGUGUCCUGGGGCCGCCAUGCUGCCCGCCGCGCUGCCCGCCGCCCGCCGGGCGCUGCUCGCGCUGCCGCCGCUCCCGCUGCCGCGCCCCGCGCUCCGCGCGCUCCCCGCCGGGCUGCGGGCGCUCGGCACCGGCCCCGCGCGGCGCUCGGAGGCGCUGGCCGGGGCGCCGCUGGACACGGCCGCCAAGGAGUACUCGCCCAAGGUGCGGCAGCUGGUGCGGGACAUCGCGGGGCUGACGCUGCUGGAAGUGGCCGAUCUGAACGCGCUGCUCAAGGAGACGCUGAAGAUCCCGGACGCGGCGGUGAUGCCCGCGGCCGCCGCCUCCCAGCUGCCCGCGCAGACGGCUCCGCAGGAGGAGGAGGAGGUGGUCCCGCUCAAGAAGGAGAAAACUCAUUUCACCGUCCGGCUGACGGAGAUGAAGGCCACUGACAAGGUGAAGCUGAUCAAGGAGGUGAAGAAUUUCGUGCCGGGAGUGAACCUCGUGCAGGCAAAGAAGCUGGUGGAGUCCCUUCCGCAGGAGAUCAAGGCAAAUGCCUCCAAGGAGGAAGCAGAGAAGAUCAAAGCAGCGCUAGAGGCAGCAGGAGGGACUGUUGUUCUGGAGUAGUCCCAGCCUGGAGAGACUGGUGCUGCAGCUGCCCCAAGCCGGGCUCCGGACCCUUGCGCGUGCGUGUGGCACAGCGGGAGCACGCUCCCGAAGAAUGCUGUGUGCUGUGGUGGAGCUGCUGCUUCCUGCCGGCACCAUGAACUCUACCUUAUAAAUGUCAAAAAAAAACUCUCAAACGAUUCCUCUUUGUCAAGUGCCGAUUAGCCCCGUGCUCCCCAUUUCGUGGAAUCAGAAUGGUUUAGGGUGGAAGUGACCUUGAAAGUUCAUCUCGUUCCAGCCCCUUGCUAUGGCCAGGAACACAUUCCACUAGGCGAGGUUGCUCCAGGCCUGGCCUUGAACACUUCCAGGGAUGGGACAGCCACAGCUUCUCUUCACACCAGCCUGUGCCAGGGCCUCACCACCCUCACAGCCAAAAAUUUCCUAGUAUCUAAUCUCAACCUACUCUGAGUUUGAAGCCGUU